AUGGAUGAAUGUAUCAGUAAUGGCAGGAAUAUAGUAGAUGUUAAGUUGUCAUCUGGACAUCAUUUGUGUUAUAUCAAUCAAACAGGAGUAUUGACAAAUGUAUUGGAACGAGGGUAUCAACGUGAUUCGUCUUUGCAAUUUAUCACUCAGUCGGAUCUCACUCCAGGCAUUUAUGAAGGAGGAUUUAAAGUUUGGGAAUGUUCUAUUGAUUUAUGUGAAUACAUAGACCUUUUGGAACCACAGAUUUUCAAAGAUAAAAAAGUUCUCGAGGUGGGUUGUGGUGCGGGGUUGCCAUCAAUGCUGCUGUUAUAUAAAGGUGCGAGGGAAGUUGCAUUACAAGACUAUAAUGAAGUUGUCAUCAACUGUUUUACAAGAGACAACUUUAAAGCCAAUAACUUAUGUCUUGAGCGGUGCCGAUUUUAUGCUUGUGAUUGGACCACUUUACGAGGAAAAAUAUCCAAUGAGAAGUUUGAUAUUAUUUUAACGUCCGAGACUAUCUACAACAAGCAAUAUUAUGGAGAUUUGCAUGAUUUAUUUGAUGCUGCUCUUUCUACUGAUGGAAUUAUAUUUUUGGCAGCAAAGAUGUAUUAUUUUGGUGUUGGUGGCGAUAUGCCAACUUUCCAAGAGUAUGUAAGGACACGCGGUGUGUUUGACAGCUGCGUAUGUUGGAGUAGUAACAGCAAUGUUUCGCGAAGAAUCAUAAAAUUGCUUCGGCAUCGUUAA